AUGAUGAAACGCAAGCUAACUGAUCACUGCUGCCACUACCUCAAGUUGACUCUUUUGUACAUAUUUUGUGUUUAUCUGAUAAAAUGUGACCAAGUAUCAAAUGUUGAAGUGGAUCGGAAUUCAGACAAAUCGUCGUCAAGAACAGUCAAUACUACGAAGCUAAGUGAACAGAACAGUAAUAAAGAUGUUCCUGUACAUGGUGGUGUUGUCGGUUUACAAGCGGCAGCCGCGGCAGUUUCAGCGGCUGGAUUAGUCGGUGGUGGAGUCGGAUCAUCUGCAAAUAAUAUGCACUACGAAGUGAAAUCCGAAGAAGAACGUAAAACUUACAUUCGUCUGAGUCAAGCAAUGCGGAAUCUUACUCGUUCAGUCGGAGCAAAAGGAACAUUUUAUUGCGAUAUUCUCGGUGAACCGAUACCUCAGUUUCAGUGGUAUAAAAAUGGUGAAAAAUUGGUAGAAAAGCAGAAUAAAAUAAAGAUAACUACUGCUCUGUGGGGAAGCGCUUUGCGUGUAGAGAAACUGCAGAGUUCCGACGCUGGUCAAUACCUCUGUGUUGCAACUAAUCCGUCGGGAACACUGAAUGCAACAGCUCACCUACAGCUGACCAAUAAAAGUGCCAAGUCAAAUACAUUUGUUAAACCAGCCUUAUCUGAAGAUCAGUACCUACUGAACCCGAUAACAGCUGAGUCAGACGGUUUCUGUCAAGAAUUUCACAGUAAUGUAUGCGGGAAGUAUCUUAUGGGUCAUCGUGUAUAUGUUACAAGAGAAUUUCAACAAGCGCUUAUUGAAGCACAAAUAUCGAAGUUUCUUAAGCUUACUGCAACUCAGUCCUUACAUCAUGUAAGAGAAGAUUGUUUACGACGUCUGAUGGAGGCGAUUUGCUACUACAACUUUCCAGUAUGCCUUGAAACAAAACCGAUUUCUUAUGAAAAUGAACUGGUGUCUAGAGAGACUCAACCAGUAAACGAUAAUGCCUAUCAGAUGCGUCAUCUAUGCCGACAAGAUUGUGAAUUGGUGAUGCAAAAUGAAUGUGGACCGACUUAUGAUUAUUUAGAUAGAAAAAUACUGCAUGAUUUACCAGGUAUGAUAAUGGACUGUUCACGUUUGCCAAUUUAUUCGUCAGAAAAUCCACAAACUUGCAGGCGUAUUGGAGAACCCUUAGUUAUAUCUGAUCAAGUCUCAGAAUACAGACAUGAUAAUGAUAGAGAAUUCUGGGAAGAGAAUCACGUAGCUGCACCCUCACCUGAUCAGUUAGUAGAGAAAAAAGAGGUAGGCACAAUAUCACCAGGUCAAGAUUUAAACGCUGCCCUGUCAACUGGUCCUGAUUUACUGCCAAUUUUUGUUUCGUUCGGAGCAUUAGCUUUACUCGGCCUCCUCCUUCUAGCUGUCUGCUUCCUCUGUCGACAUAGUGCAAGUGAUUCUCCGCGUUUAACAGCAGACGGUUCAAGUUUCCUAGGCAGGUCACGUAUUAGCAGUAACUGCCGUGGCAAUCGUGACUGCUCAGAAUCUGAAAGACUGAAUGGAUUUCAUAUCAGAGGACAAGGAGUGGGAGCUCCUAAUGACUCAAAUCACAGCAGCAACAAACAAAGAAGAGUUCCUGGAAUGGGAGCUGGUGCAAAACUAAGCACUACAAAUGGUCUUUUUAAUGGUGUGCAUGAAGCUUUCACACCUGCCUACUGUGGUGGUAAUGUUGUGUGCAAUACAAGUGAGGCGAAUGCUAUGAGUGCACCUGCUACAGUUGGACAUAACAGUAUUUCCUCAAAUCCCCAGAGUACAACUGGUGUACAUAAUGAUGUAUCCGUUUCUGUUGUCCAGUCGGCUAAACACAAUACCGGUGCCACAUAUUUUCAGUAUCAGGCUUCAAACUUUUUAACUCCACAACUACCUCCACCAAGAGCUCCAGCUCCACCUCCUCCAGGAACACAAUCACAGACUGGUGCAACAACAAAUACACCGACAUCUGUCCAUUUCAGUAUGACAGAAGCAUCGUUUAACAUGCAAUCUUUCAAUCAAUCCAUUCACAUGCCAUUAAAUAGUGACAUAAUUCCAGAGUCAGGAGUACAUUAUGAAAUAAAUGGUGAUGCUGAAAGUCCAACUGCUUACACAACACUCAGAAAUGCAAGUCCCAAUGAAUUUUUGAUAAACGAUGCCGGUCAUUCAUCAGUCAACUCCUACAAUGCUUCACAAAAUGCAGCGCUAUUCUCUAAAGUUAAUUUAGACGAUCAGCCUAUGAAAGCCAUAGAAUAUCCCAUCUCUCAACUGAGAUUUGGAAAACAAUUCGGACAAGGAGUCUUUGGACCAGUCUACAAAGCUGAACUACUACCGAACAGUGCUUACGAGAAUGGUCAUCCGAUGUCAGUCAUUGUGAAAACUUUAUCAGCUGGUUCACCAGCUAGUCUGCAAGCGAACUUUCGAAGAGAAGCAAAUUUAAUAGCUGAAUUAGAUCAUCCGAAUGUGUUAAGCCUUUUAGGCGUUAGUGUACAACACCCACCAUGGUGUAUGAUUUUUGAAAUUCGACAGUAUCUUGACCUGUGUGAACUUUUAUCUUCAAGAAGAUCUAUGGUGAAUCAAAUUAAUGUAACAAGUGUCACUUAUCCAAAUGGUGUAACCACUAAUCCUCCGCAUCCUUUAAGUGAGUCAGAAAUUUGGAGGGUAUUAUCACAAGUUGCCGCUGGAAUGGAUUAUUUAUCUAGCCAUCGUUUUGUUCAUCGUGAUUUAGCUGCACGCAAUGUAAUCAUUUUAAAUGAUCAACUUUUCUGUAAAAUUACUGAUCUCGGCUUGGCACGUGAUUGUUAUGCAGCCGACUAUUAUCGUUUACAUCCUCACAGUUUAAUGCUACCAAUCCGUUGGAUGCCACUUGAUUCAAUUAUUUACGGUAAAUUUACAAUUGAAUCAGACAUCUGGGCAUUUGGUGUUCUGAUGUGGGAAGUUUGGUCCGGUGGUAUGCGACCAUAUUCUGCAUUCAGCGAUCCAGAGGUAUUAGAUCUUAUACGCUCUAGACAAUUAUUAUCUUGUCCACAGCAUUGCUCGACCAAUGUCUAUAUGUUUAUGACAAGCUGUUGGAAUGAAGAGAUUGAAAGACGCCCAACAUUUAAAGACUGUUUAAAUCAAAUACAAAAUUGGUAUUCUGAUGCGCCAAUCAUACCAGCAAUGUAUUCCAAUGAACAAGUGUUCCCUUAUUCUCAGGUUAUGGAUAACAAAAGUGAUUUUCAACAGAUGAAAAGUAGUAUCAACAAUAACAAUAAUAAUAGCAAUAAUAAUAAUAAUAACAGUAAUAAUGGCACAGAAAGUCUGUCCGAAGCAUCAAAAUCAAAUCUGUCAACACGACAGAACUGUCCGUGUGCAUUUAGUACAAACAACUAUCUAACAUGUCCUAAAGACCAUUUGAAUAAAGCGUGUAUACCAGAUCCUUUCGAUUUAUUUCACCAACCGAUUAGUACUUCUGUUACUAACUAUCCACAGAAUUCCAUUAAUCAGGUAACAGGAACCGGUGUAGCCACGUUAACACCGAUGAUGACAACAGCAGCAACAACAACAACAACGUCAGCAACUGCUUUGCUGAACACGUCAACAGGAAAUCAAGAUCCAAGAAUAGAUCAUUGUAAAUCAUCAUCUAAUGGACUAGGUAUGCGUUUGUUGCCAAACACAACGACAAUGUUUAUUCCUACAGUCAACUCUGUCAGUUAG